AAAUUAAUCAUCGUGCGAGAUAAAUGAGACGCGUGCAGGAGCGGAGGCACCGGAGACUAUUUCGGUGUAGGCGGGGCGCUGAAUCAGCGGCGGGGGCAGUCGCGCGCCGGCCGCGGACCUGAGCGCACGUGCGAGCGGGCGACAGCGGCGGCGAUGGCGCCAUGAGGACGAGCGGCGCGGCGUGCUGGGCCCUGCAGCUGCUGGCGUGCUUCACUCUGGGGCUCGCGGCUCCGCGGAGCCACUACUGCGAGCGCGCCGACGUGGCGUGGCGCGCCUACCGCGCCCCGGCCGCCUUCGAGGCGCGCGUGCAGUCGCUGGCGGGCGACCGGCUGGCCACGCUGCAGGUGCGGCGCGUGCUGCGGCGGCAGGGCGGCUGGCCGCGCCGCCACGCCGUGCUGCGCCUGCGACUGCCGCCCACCGACAAGGACGCCUGCACUGGACGAUUUGAAGUGCCGUUAAAAAAUAGACAGAACUACAUCAUAUUCGCGGAGCGCGCGGGCCACAUGGCGGUGGCGCUAGGCCCGCCGCUGCGGCGCACGCGCAAGCUGCUGCGCCGGAUCCGCGCCGUCUACGCCCCGGGCUACAUUCGGCAGGCCAAAGUGGAGCCGAUGCACUCAGUACGGACCACGCCGGGCAGCGGCGUGCGGCUCGAGUGCCGAGCGACGGCGCGCCCGCCGCCCCGCAUCACGUGGUACAGGGACGGCCGGCCCGUCACCGAGAUCGCGUUGAGGAGACUUCGAGUGCUCAACUACAGGAGGCGCUCAGUGUUAACAAUAAAACACGCGAAGCUCGCCGACUCUGCGACGUAUGAGUGCAGAGCGCAGGGCGCGAUAGGGCCGCCCGCCAUCACCUCCGCCAAUGUCAGUGUCCUGCCGCCGGCACCCGACAUAUCUUACAGCUCACCAUGUCCAAUGCCAGGACCAACGACGUUUUGCCUGAACGGAGGCACGUGCCUUUACUUCGAGCAAGUGCAGGAAGCAGCUUGCAAGUGUCCAGAAGGUUUUAACGGCCAACGUUGCGAGAACAAAGAAGCGUCAAACAGAAGUAUAAUGGAGGGCAGCGACUAAUCAACGAAUAUGGAUCCGACAAUGAACGACUCGACGCGAAUGAUGAAACGGUCAUGAAUUUUAAGCAUUCCUAUAAUUUAAUCGAUUCGAGCUUCGACCUAUGUAAGACAUCUUAACACUGCAACUGGGCUAGAUUCUUUGUGCGUCAAUAUUUUUAGAACUGUCAAAAAGUGAUCAUACAUUUUAAAUCAUACGUAUAUUGGACGUAUUUUACUGGAUCUGUAUGUAAUUUUAGUAAUGACAGUCUAAAUUAAAGUUUUGUGUGUUAAGAAUUUACCCUGUAAGUAGUAUGGAGUGGUUAGUGGUGAUGUAACGGUAAAAUUUUAAUUUUACAAACUUCAUUGCUAACUAAUGAGGAGUCCGUUGGACGAAUGGAAUUACCAUGGUUUUUAAGAUCAUUGUCUGGUGGAUCACAAAAUCCUAUCCACAUCCUAUCUAAUGAAAUGAAAUAUUUGAACGGCAAAAAUCUACAUGUAUCAAAUCAAUGAUCGGGACACCAUGUAAAACUAUAUCGUCUUCAAGACGCCUAUUCUAUUUCCGCUAUAGGAUGGUGCGGGUGACAUCAUAAUCUGUCAUCUAGACAUAUGUACAUAGGUACAGUAUAAGGCGGAUAAAUCUGACCCCUCUCAGAAGCAUUGUUACUAUGGAGGGGGGUCAGGUUUCUCUGCACAUGACCGGUACCAUCUUAUAACGCGCAUAGUGUAAAACCAACCAGAAAUUAGGAGAUCUAUGCAAUACUAAAUUAUUUGCAAAUAAAAUGCCUAGAUACAACUAGGUUUUUUAUAUUAUUAUGUAAUAAAGUGGUGCUUUAUAAGAAAUGCUAUUCGGUUUUACAAGAAAUCAUGUUCCUAAAUAGUUAAUUUAAGGCGCGGAAGAAUCUCUAAUGACAAUAAUUUUAAUACUUUUAAUAUGUAUAAAACUGUAUUGUAAUUGUACAUCUAAAAUCUUUUUUGUAUGACAGUAAUUUAACACAAUAAAGCACCGUUCGCAUUUUUUCAGUUACUGUUAUGUCUUGUAAUUUGUUUAUAAGUCGUGCUGUUAAAGUGUGAACGGCUCAUAAAGAUAAAGUACCCACUUACUUAAAACGCGCAAAAUGCCACCGAUCUUACACCUGAAUAGACGAAUAACUAUAACUUUUAGCUUAUAUUUAUGACAAACUUUAUAAGAUAAAAACUUGUUGCUUUAUAUUAUAUCCCAGUUUCUGCUAUACCCCUGACAUAGGUACAUAACAAUUAAUAUUUUUUGGCUUCCUUGUAAUUUUAGGAAUUGUAGGAGUUUUGAUGAUACAACCGAAUUAAGAAUUCCAAAAACCCGUUUGAACUCUAUAAGUAUAAUUUCUACACUGUAAAAGUUUCGUCGUCAAUGUGCCGAAAACACUGCAGUGGUGCCGCUCGAUAGUCCACUAUAGUAAGGUACAGUCGAACUAUAAAGUCCUGAGAAUAAAUAGUGCGAUUUUGCUAAGACUUUUUAUCAUUGUCAGUUAUUUACUUACUUUUACACUCUUUAACAAUUAGUUAGAAUCCACUUCCGUUUUCAGGACUUUAGGUACUUAUAGUUUUACUCUACCUACAGUUCGGUCCAAACAACCUGACAGUUCUGAAUUUGGCAGCGAAUACACUUUUGUACUUUGUAAAACUAACAAACCAUCAUCUUUCAAAGAAGUUUGUUAGUUUGACAAAGCACAAAAGUGUAAUUACUGCCAACUUCGGAACUAUCAAAUAAUUUGAAUCAAAUUGUACUAUCGGUAAACAGCAAUAGGUACCUAUCGAUAGUAUCUAGGCUAGAAUCGAAGUAACUUUUGAUGCGAUGCGUUCGGAUACUUACGCGAUGGCGGCAUAUUACGGCCUACCUUUAUUAUACUUAUAUUAAUUAUUGUAACUAUGCUCUACGCUCGAAUGUAUGCCCAACAAAUAAUACUCAUCCCUGCCAUUCGUCUAUUCAAUAUUAAACAUGAAAUUGAAAUGUUAAGUUGUAUUAACAAUAAUUGUACAGUAUUAUUUGCUGAAUAAAUGUUAUUUAUUGUAACUUUUAAACUGCUAUUUUGUAAGUGCUUAGUUUGUUAUAUUAAAUCAAUAAUGAAGUA